GGCUAAACCAGCUCUAUAUAUGACUCAUAGGUGGAAAAACAAAACCGAAUGGGCGGAAGUAGGCUAACCGAUAAUGAACAAAAUGUCAUCAUCAAAGAUCAAAUGAAUCGCUGCACAUCACUUCGCUGGUGAAAGAACAAGACACACAAGUGUUAAACAGGAAAUGACAAAGAAAGACUUUACAUUUUUUUUCCUCUCUCUGUUGGCUAUGGCCAGUGCUGUUGAAGACAGAGGCACAUGCUUUGGUGUCGGCCCUGGCACUAUAGCAGGUAUUAUAUUGGCUGAUGUUGCAGUGACGGUCCUCAUUGUUACUACCACCUACUGGUAUGCCAGCAAGCGCAGACAAAAGAAAGAAAACGCUGACGAAGUCUACAUGAAUGUCAGAGCAAACUGCAAAACAUGAGGAUCGAGACUGACAUGAACUGUGGAAGACUCACUGACAUUUAACAUCAUACGACACAGUAUGAUGAUAUAUAUGAUUUAUCUACAUUUUAGCACAGUUUGAAUACAUGGCUCUGGACUCUUAGGUGGUCAUAUGAUAGUUGCUUUGUAAAUAAGACAAAAUCUGUCAUAACAAAAGCACACUGGAAACUAAAAUUAUUAACUCGAUCUAGUAGAUUAUUAACAGCGAUAACUGCAGUGCAGUGAAGGAAAAACACUGCCACCUAGUGGAUAGUUCAGGCUCGCUACUAUUUUCUUACUCUAGAAGUAAAAGUGACUUAAAAUGUAAUGUGAUCAAGCUUUCUGAAACUCAAAAAAGAAAACCCGCAAUUUCCUCUUUUGGUUCAAAAAGGCAUGCAAUUAUGUAUUUCUACAGGCGUCACUGAGAAACGGCUGUAUAAGACAGAUAAACAUACCAUCUCAGUUUCUUUGCCACAGCUUUAGGUGAUUAGUAAGACGUUAUAAUUCGAGUCUAUGGCAUCAUAGCUUAAUAUGCAAAAAGUGCAGAGUUCUUAUAUUCCUCUGCACCGUUUGGUAUGCUGUAUAGUUUCUAUGCAUAUAAUUUAACAAUUAAUAAAUCCCAGAUCUUUUUAAAAAGUGGAUUUGUGAAUUUAUUUGAUCUCCAGCACAAUGCAAAAUUUAUUUUGCAAGUGUAUAUUGCAGAUUUGUAAAUGCAGUAUAACAUUUAUUUCGUGCUCUCUGUUAUCUAAUGAUCUUGACCUCCGAUUACAUGUGCUCUGUGCUGAUAAUGGAGCACAAGAACAGGCCUUAAUUUCUGCGGACUGUUAACCCACAAAUUAUCAGCAAAGAAAAAAACAUAUCCUGAUUGAAUAUGUGUGCUUUUAGAGUGAUAGCAUGUUCUUUUUUGUGUGUUGUUCUAAAUAUGAAAAGUAUCAAAUGACUGUGCACUGGAAUCUCCCAGAAAUUCCUGUCUAAAACAAGCACAAGACUGUGACUCCUCCACUGGGGGGGAAAAAAAGGAAGUAGAAAGAAAUGAAUCUUUACAAAAUACUUUUCAUCACAUAAAUUUUUAAAUGUAUUUGUAGUUUGCAUUCAAUAAUACGUAAUAAUUCUGUCACCAAUGUAGAAGAUCACUCUUAUUUGAUAUAGCUGUUUGUGAAUGAUUUGGAAUCAUUUAACCCUGAAAGACCCAAAUAUAGAAAUACUGUGAUUUUGUUUUUUGUUUUUUUUAACUCUUUUUUUGAAAUGUAUUAUACCCCACAGGCCCAACGUUGCAAUAUUACAACAUUUCUAUUAAAACGUACUAAAAUGUCAAAAAUGUAAAAACCAUUUCUGCUUUAGAGGCCUCCUACAACAAGUGAUUUCACUCAACACUGUCUGAACAAAUGUAGAGAACAUCUAAGAGUUAAUUUGCAGGGUGUACAGCUUAUGUAGCCCAUAACAAUAGCAUAUAUAUCUAUACACUAAUAAUCACACAAUAAUGAUAACCAGACAAAUCAUAUUUUUAUGAAAAUGAUUUAUUAUAAAAAAUAUGCUCAGAUUGUAUUUACAAAACCUGAUAAACUGAAAGAAAAGUUUGAUAUUGUGGUAUACAUGUUCAGUUAUGGUAGUUCCAUGUUGUUUAUGGAUAAUUCUUUCUUUUGAAAACUGUACUUUUUGCUAUAAUCUGUCAGAGCCGUGAUCAUGUCUUCUGACACAAACCUUCGGAAGUACUCCAGUGGUGUAUGGAAGGAGAUGGCAUUAUUAGUGAAAUCCUUACCAGGAAAAUCAGUUUGGAGACUGAUAAAAUCAUUUCUCAGCCAGUGAUACCUGUCACUGCGUAUGGUCUGUGUUCUUGAAUAGCUUGGUUUUGUUGGUGUGAUGUCCAUAUAAUCAUCAUAUAGAGUUUAUUUAUUUAUUUUUAUUUAAGUCAAGUCACAUUUAUUGAUAUAGCUCUUUUUACAAUGCAGAUUGUGUCAAAGCAGCUUUACAGUGAUAACUGGCAAAUAAUUUUGGCUGCACAGCAGCUCUUAAAGAAAAUGGUGUCAUUGUCCAGCUUAAAUAAAUUCAGUAUUGAUUCA